GCUGUUUCUGAAAUUCCUGCCUGGUUGUGUUUCUUACAGCCCAGGCUCUGGCAUCUCUGAUCCAGGGUAGGCAGUGACCUGAAGUCCAGGUCUGAGUCCACUCUGUCCUACUCAGAUCAGCUUCCACUGAGCCCUAUCACCUGAGAUUGUCUGGCCUUCAAACGACCCAGUGGGGAGGCCGGUGAGGUGGGGGCCAUGGUCCCUCUUCACAGGGACAGCCAGGAGGACAUCUGUCCCAUCUGCCUGGAUCCCCUGAAGGAAGCUGUGAGCACCGACUGCAGGCAUCUCUUCUGCCGAAUGUGCCUGACCCAGCACAUGGAUAAGGCCUCAGUCUCUGGCGUCCUCAGCUGCCCAGUCUGCAGGAAGCCCUAUUCUGAGGGGGUCCUUGGAGAUGGUUACGUCUGCUACAGCCACCAGAAGAGGGUGUGCAGUUUCUGUGAGACAAGCAGACAUCUCCUGUGUGUGGAAUGCCUCAGGUCCCCUGAACACCAGUCUCAUACUGAGCUCUCCAUUGAAAAUGCCAUCAGCCACUAUAAGGAAAGACUCAUCCGCAGAAGCAGGAAACUCAGAAAGGACCUGGGGGAUCUUCAACGGCUUAAGGCUCAGGAAGAGGAGAUGCCACAUGCUCUGCAGGUGGAUUGGGAGAGCCACAGGCUAAGAGCUGAGCUGCAGAACCAAGAUCAAACCAAGGAACAGCUGAAGACUCUACCUCAGCAUUGGCUGGACCAACAAGAGGACCUACCAGCAGAGGUGGCUAAGAUGUUUAACUUCUCUGAGGCAGUAACACAGCUCACCAUCCUGGCUUCUGACCUGGAAAGGACGGCCAGGGAACUGGAUGCCAGCACUCUGAAGGAUGCCAGUGACUUACUGCACAGGAGUGCACCACAGAAACUAGAAGGACUCCUCUCUCAUCUUCCUCCAUCCAGCCCAAACCUCAGUUAGUUCUCCUGGUGUGUUCUUAUCCCCACAACUCUCACCUGGUGCCUUAACCUCUGACACUCGGACACAGUCUCCUUCCUAAGCCAGACUUGAGCUUGUGGCUCCUUGUGGCUGGGAAUUUCAGAUCUCUAUUAUGCCCAGGGCCAUUUGCACAAUCUCCAUAUUACCUGUGAUCUGGGGGUGGCACCUACUGUCCACGGUCUCAUGUGAGCAUCAAAGCAUCUGGAUGGUGCAGAUCAUCAGAGUGAAGCCAUCUCGGCAUAUGGAGCUUGGCAGGUUUAUUGGGGUAAUAUUUCUUCUGAUUCUGAUAGAGCCUCCUGCCUGUACUGCCCAUGUUGUUCACUCAUUAUGACAGUUGCAGAGAGAUCCACGGGUGAUUUCCACAGUCCUCACCCUCAUGUUCAUGUACCCGUGUAACCUGGUAUCUGUGACAUGCUUCUCAUCAAAGGAAUGUAGCAGAGGCGAUGAAGGUCACUGAAGUGAUCUCCUUCCACUGGACUCUUGCUAAUAAUUGCAUUUCUAGAGACACUUCUUGCCAAAGUUAGUGGCACUGAGGGGGAAAGAUACGUGGGCAGCUCCUGGUUUCCUAGAGCAGCCUACAUCCUCCCGCUGACAUGAAUCAGGGGGCCUGGCUUUACAGUAGCAAGAGAAUGAAUUCUGCCAACACUGUGAGUAAAGCUGGAAGUAGAUCCUUCUUUUGGGAACUGGUAGUGCCCAGCUUCUUACCCUGCCCCUGCCAUAGUUUCCAUAA